CAUCAUCGCUGAACCUGGCAACCCAACCGCGAAAUACUAUCACCACCUCACGAUCCAUCCACCCACUCCGAUAUCACACCACCCCCCGUCCCCAGUCAGUCUUUUAUCGAAAAAAAGCAAACCAUCAAAAUGUUUGGAGGAUUCGCGCCGCCCCAGCUCAGCGAGGAGGAGAUCAAGCAGAUGGAGGCCGAGGCCAGCUUCUCCGUCCAGCAGGUCGUCGUCUCCGCUGUCUUGUUGUACCUCUCCCCCUUUGCUAUCGACGCCGUCUCCGGCUUCUUUUAAACGAAAAAUCUCCUAUCCAGGGGGCUUGAAGAGGACCCAUCUGGGGUUGGAUAUCACGACGAACAGUGACGUGAAACAAAACGUCUCGUCUGUAACGCAAGACAGGGCCGCCACGACGAUGAGCUGCGCGGCCAUCCCGCCCGCCUAGGGCAUGUGUAAUGGGGAUGAAUACCCCCCCUCUUAUGUAAAAUAUCAUCUGUACACUGUACAAAGGGCUGGUCGGAUGGGGCUAUGGAUAUAGAUCACAACCGGAAUCACGGCAAAAACAAACAUCACGACUUUUGUUCGACACGGCCUCGAUCGAUGCGUGUCCAUGUGUGAAGGAGUGGUUCGCCGCACAUCCAAACCCUCACCC